UUUGAUAGCUACAUACGGGUCUAUCAGGGCUAACAUCGACUAGUCGACUGGAUAGACUGGUGGGUAGCCACCGACAAUGAAUGUCGGCUGAUGGGAUGCAGCUAGCCCCACGAUGGAUAUCGGCACCCUUGGUCGGAGUGCGGUAGGUAUUGGCGUGUUGUUGGCUGUGUGCAUCGACAAGUUGUGGUGUUUUCGUUUGUUUUUCUUUACUUACCCGGCUGCGCCUCGCCAGUGACAUGCGACGGCUGCGUAGAGGCUUGCGGACAUUCGCUGGAUCGAACGCAACUGCGCACUUACAUAUACAUACACCUCACACAGAAUCAACGGCUGCCGCCGCCACAUCUGACUUCCUGCUGCUGGUCACGAAAUUCAUCGUGACUACCGAUUGAGCCAAGCGUGCGACUCAGCCGGCUCGGUCCAUCCUCAGCUACGGGCUCGCCGCUAGCACUGGACUUAGGUAGUCAUUGAACGCCCCCAACCAUGCUUCUCCGCAUCACAGCAUGGCGGAGAGCCACAAGAGCGCCGCCAUAGAUUGUCACUUGCCUGGCCCCCCGUAUUCACUCAGUCAUUACUCGGUCUUCUCGUCCGCACUUAUUCUCCACACUCCCCCUUUAUUUCUUCAUGUUUGCUAUAAUGUAGAUAUGCAUUCUGGUGGCCUUCAUGUCUCCCCUACCUUUGGAACCUCGAACGCGCAAUGUGGCCGAGACCGAUCCACGGCCUCCCGGAUCCGAUGCUCUGGUUCUCGAAGCUUGGGCUCAAGGAUACAUGGUCGGGUCGCUGGUUGUCAUGAUUGCUAUCACGAUGGCAAACAUGCGGAGAGGUGUGCGAUUACACAAGCUGAUUCUUAUCGAGCUUGUUUUUGGACUCUGGCAAGGCUUUUGGCUCUUUCCUCAGAGUUCCCCGAAUCGUCGGAUCGAUACGUGGUGGCUGUCGGUGGCUGCUAUCCCGCUCAACGUCUCAUGGAUUCUCCACAAUGUCGUAUCUUGGAUGAAAAUAAAACCUUUCUUCUCGCCUCUCUGGAAUAAAGUUUAUAUUGGGACUGUCGUACUAUCCAUUCCCUACUGGAUCGUAGAGGUAUACGCAAAUUUCGCAUACUUCCACUAUGGGAACGCGAUAUUCAAUACGACAAGACCUUUGGAAUUACUAUUUCGCGAUCCAUGGUGGAUCAUCUCCACUGUCUAUCUAUUCAUCGUGAUCAAAACACAAUACGACCUCAAGCUCAAAGAAAUCAUCCGCAUCUCUCCAAGAUUCGGCAUCAUGCUUGCGUCAAUGUUAGUCGCCAUCGUCUUCGUCAUCUGCGAUGUUCUCUCCGUCACGAAAGCCAUCAAACUCGCCAGCGACAUGGGCAUUAACCCGUUCUGGAAGCUUGCCUUUGUCUUCAAAUGCCUGACCGACUCUGUGAUCCUCGAUGACUUCAAGAUUGCUCUAGAUCGACUUCGAGCGUUCAAGAUUAGUCGGCUGGGCAGUUUCUCGGGUGAUCACAGCGAUAAACGGACCCCUAACGCCUCGCAUCAAAUUAAAUCGUGGAGCGAUGAGGAAAAGGCUGCAAAACCUCGUCAGGGAGAACGGCGAGGAUCAAAGGCACUCGAAGAAGUGGAGCAUAGCCUUGAUGGCCCGACCCCCACCAACCUCGACGGCGCGCGCAAGUUCAAUUUGACUAAGAAUUCGGUUGAGCAUAUCGAAUAUGCGUCUCCCGGAUAUACUGUUCCUACUGUCAUCCAUCCCACCAGAGUAAACCCUGCAGCAUCUGAGCAUCUCCACUGGAGCGAUACUUUUGAUCUGAAUGCAGCGCCCAGUAGUGCUGCAGGGGAAUACGCAGUAGCGCCGAACCAGCAAGAUGAGCCUCAAUGGCCUAUGCCGUCUCCGAAAACAACUUGA